UCCCCCCCCUCCCCCUGCCCGCUUCUCGUGGAUCGGAGUCCGCUCCUUGCAACCCGUGGCAGGUGGCGAUGCUAUUCUUCUCCCACUGCCUCGGCUUUGUAUUAGACUUUGUGCACUUCAGGUACCAGUACUGCAAGGCGAGAUCCGCUUUCUCGGCCGCUGUCCAACUUGUGUGUGUCGUGAGACCGACCCCGAGCGUGACGCAUCUGCCGUCCCGAACCCCUCUCUCGCUGCACCGGGAGGUGGUGCCCAGUGCGGAGGACCUCUCUGAGAAGCGCCUGUUGGCCUGCCCGUGCCCUGGAGCGUCCUGCAAGUGGGAGGGACCCCUGGAGGCUAUCCUGCCGCACCUGGCCGCCAGCCACCACAGCGUGGUCCGGCUACGGGGAGAGAGCGUGGUCUUCCUGGCCACCAACGUUCACCUCCCGGGGUCGGCGGGCUGGGUGACGGUCCAGUCCUGCCUCGGACACCACUUUGUGCUGGUGCUGGAGAAGCAGGUGCGGCAGGAGGGACACCAGCGGUUCCUGGCCUUCGUGCUGCUGCUCGGGACGUCCAGGCAAGCCCAGGGCUUCUCCUAUCGGCUGCUGCUGAACGGGAAGCGGCGGAGACUCAGCUGGGAGGCCACCCCACGAGGAGUGGCCGAGGGACCAGCCUCGAGCAGUCUCAGCACCGACAGCCUGGUCUUUGACACGGUGAUGGCCCAAACCUUCACAAACAAUGGGAGUCUCGCCAUCAAAGUCACAAUAUCCUCCUCCUGACAGUCUGGAGCCUCCACUGCCUCUUCUACUCACAUUCCACAGCUUUCCUGAACUGAAACAUUUUAUAGCUAGCCCCUCAACCAACUUCCUUUUUCUGUGAAUCAAUCUUGUGUCCUUUGUCCCACUGCUCUAGGGAAAGCACUGCCAAAGUUCCUGGCCCGUGCAUCAACACUGCAGAUGUUUAUCAGCUCCUUAGGCAAGGCUGCCGUCUGAAGCACUGAUGUCCACAACGUGGAAAAUGUCCCGAGCUCCAAAAUAUUGUCUCUGUGUAUUCUGGCAGUAAGAGGUUAUUGCUUUAGAAAAGUUAUUGUAAGUGCCAGAGCAUUUUAGUUGAUCUUUGGGUGGUGGGCGAUACUGGUUAGAUAAACAUUUGCAGUCAUCCCGGAUUGCUCCCAUGAGAGUUGUGGCGUCAUGGAGUUUUGCAGCAAAGAACCAGGCCUUUCUACCCACCAUGUAUAAGCUGACUGUGGCACCCAUCUACACUAAUCCCACCGACCUGGCAUAGGUUUAUAGCCUUCUAUGCCUUGGCAACUCAAGUGAUUGUCACAUUGUUUUUGAGUGUAGUGGGAGCACCUUUCUCGACCGCCUCACAAGCCGUGCAUUCUGGGUUUUAAUCACACUCAGGUUUCUUCUAAACCUCCUCAAUUUUAUCUUAAAACUGAAUCCUUUUGGCUUGGACACCUACGCCAUGGGAAGAAGAUUCUUACUCUCUUAUCUAUCUAUUCCCUUCAUCAUUUUGUACAUCCCUAUCAAGUCACCCCUCAGCCUCCUCUGCUCCAAGGAAAACAAAUUCAGUUUCUCAAAUCUCCUUAUCACUGAAGCACUCCAAUCCAGGCAACAUCCAUGUGAAUCUUUUCUGCAUCCUCCCCUGCACAUCCUUCCCAUGGUUAGGGACAUAACACCAUGAUGGGACUGUGGUCACACUGAGUCUCCACAGGGUGAGAUGGGCAGUUUUUCUCUUCUGAGAGAUAGGUGAACUGGAUGGAGUUUUGACAAUCCAACAAUGCCAGCAGCAAUACUCGUUUAAACAUUUAAUUAGCUACAUUUAAUCACCACAUCCUGAAUAUACCUAUGUUGACUGCUUAAGAAAAGAAGGCAAAUCAUUCCAGCAAAUUUGUUAAAUAGCCCAUACAAAAUUUGUAAUUCUAGACCCCACCAGAUUGUUGGGUACAUGUGGUACACCUUGACUGACCAGUGGUGUACAAUUUCACCUAACUCACAAUUUCCCCAAUGUUUAAUUCAAACAACAAU